UGACGUCACUCUAUUGAUUGUGAAGGAAGGAGAUCGUCUUUUGGAGACGCCAUCUUAAAAUAAAGUGAUAUAAGUUUUGGUAGCGUAGGAUAUAGAAAAAAUCUAAAGUAAUCUCCAUUAAAUAAACUUGCAUUUGUCUAAGAAUUUUUUUAUUUCGUAUUAUUCGAUAUAACGGACCAAGUUGGUGGUCGGUGAGAGGGUGAUCUCCUGAUGGUGUGUACAUCGCAGCAUGUCUGCACUCUCGACGCCGGGCGGCGGAGGAACUACGGCGCAGAGCAAGCCGACGUCCGGCAAGCAAAAAUAUCAAAAGUUGGACAUCAAUAGUUUGUACUGCGCCAAUAGAAACGAAAGCUCAGAACCGUCCUCAGUUAAAUCUCAACUAAGCCGCAAACAUGGAAUGCAAAUUCUUGGAAAAGUUCCCUCUGCUCGGCGUCCACCAGCUAACUUGCCGUCUUUGAAAACUGAAACUGGACAAGACUCAAACAUCAAUUCCAAUUCUACAACCACCACAACAGUAUCAACUCCGGCAACAUGCACAUCCCAAACUACAUCUACAACAACGAACAGUGGUGUUGUUGCGGGCACAGCACAGGGAGGAUGGGUGUCUCUGCCACCACCUUCGUCACCCCACUUUCGCACAGAGUUCCCCUCCUUAGAGGCUGCCGCUCAACCCUCACACCGAACUACAGAUGUUCCAGUCUCACAACCACUAUUAAGACCACAAACGGAAGGCAGUUGGACGUGCGGUGGGACGGCAGGCGUUCGUCAAGAAACUACAUCCUCUCCCGCCGCCGCUCCCGCCUCGACGCCCGCCGCACAGCAAACACCCGCUUUCCGUGCUAUACUACCGUCCUUCCUGAUGAAAGGUAGCAGUGGCAGUGGGCUCGGGCUGGGCACAUUGAGCACACUUCGUGACAAUCGAAGCGGCGGCGGCGCCGCCGGUGGCGCCGCGAACAGCGGCAACCAAUCGAGCUCACGGUCUAUGUCUCGACCGCCCGCCACGCCCCGAGCCGUGGAGGUUUUAACUGCACGCCCUAUUCUAAGGGAGGAACAAAUUUCCUCACUCGAUGAUAUUUCUCGUGAUGCGGGAUGGGCUCAACAUGACGAUAUUGAUUAUGAUCAAAAAUUGGACUUCUCCGAUGGUGAAUCGUCGGCACCCACUACAAAGUCUAGUAAUAAAAUUAACAUCAACCGAUCAAGUGCAGAUAACGAGCGUUUAGAUUCUAAGCUCCAGGAACCUGGCGAUGAAGACCAAUUGUGGGCCGAAAGGCGACAAAAGCAAAACAAUGAAGUGGCUCAAGCUGUCGCACGAGCACGGCAGCGUAAAGAAGAAGAGCAACGGCGGCAGAUGCGUGACACACCCGCGACGAAUCAGCAGACUAAAGAUAACCGAGAGAAAUUAGAUCGUAUUGACAAAGAUCGCAAUGAUAAAAGAGAAAGAGAUUCAAAUUCUAGGGAAAAAGAGAGAUUGGAAAAUAGAGACCGUGAUAGAUUGGAUAAUAGGGAAAAGGAUAGAAUGGAUCAUCGCGACAGAGACACAAGAGAAAAAGAUAGAGGUGAACCAAGAGAUCGUGAACGUAUGGAUAACAGGGACCGCGAUCGUAAUGAUAACAGAGAUAGGUUCGACAAUAGAGACAGGGAGCGGGAUUCUGAUAGGGAAAGACAUGAGAACAGAGAUCGAAAUAGAAAUGACAAUAGAAACGUCAUGGAGAAUGAAAAAGAAAGAUUAGACGCAAGGGAUAGGGAUCGUAAUGACAACAGGGAUCGCCCAGAUCGUGACAGGUUUGAUAGAGACAGAGAGCGUGGUGAUAGAGAACGUGAAAGAGAUCGUGAUCGCGACCGGGAUCGUGAUCGUGGUGAUCGCGACCGAGAUCGAGGUGAUAGAGAAAGAGCUGAUCGCGAUCGUGACUUCAGGGAAAGAGAUUAUGGUCGCGAUCGUGACCAGACUAAUGCAUUCUCUAAAACCUUCCAAGCUAAUAUACCACCAAGGUUCUUGAAACAACAACAAAACCGACAACAAGAUGAACAGCAUAAAGGGUGGGCAUUUUCAGGAAAAGCGGCGCCAAGGCGUCAAGACCCACCUGCGUAUAACGCUCCGCGACAUGCUCCACAUAAUGGCCGUCGCUCAUAUUCAAGGGACUAUUCUGAUCGUGAGGACGAAGUGAGAAGGGACAAAGAAGCUACUGGUCCUCAAUGGCGCUCAGAAAUGCAAGAUUAUGACAAAUCUGCUAGAGAAGUAGAAAAAAGUAAAGAUUAUGGUAAUGACUUCAGAGAUAGAAGAAACGAGUCUGAAAGAAAAAUAAUAGAAGGCCACAUUGAGCAAAGAAGUAGAACUGCUGCAGACAAAUUAACUGAAGUCUUUGAAAGGAAAAGUAUUGGCCUUACUGAGCCAUUUGCUCCUCCCACAGAUCCUCCCGUACCAAUACAGCCUCCAGAACGAAACCCUACUCCACCAGUAGCUCAACAAGAAUCUACUGAAAAAGACUAUAGCAAAACUUCAUGGGCUGAAGCAUCACAAGAAGAUCAACCUUUAAAAACGUCAUCAGAAAAUGUUCAAGUAUCAUCGAAAGAGAAGGAGCGAGUGCCUAAAGACAUCACUUCAAUUUCUGAAAAAGCAGAUAUCAAUAUUUCCUUAAUCCAACAAACCUUUCCUGGUCAACCUAAACAUCAAAACGCUACUCCAGUAAACAAUCCUCCUGUAUCACAAAGUCUUACUAACAAGUUUAAUACUAACCAAGGGUCUAAUGUGCAAGAUUUCACAGCAAAUCAGCAAAUAACCCAAGUGGCACACAACACAGCACAAUCUGUACCUCUUUCUUCUAAUCAAUCUCAACUUCCAUUUAAUGAUAGCCAAUCACUUUCUAGACUUGACAAUCAACCCAUUUCCAAGCCUGGACCUCAAAAUGAUAUUCCUACGAUUUCACCACAAAUUCAAAAACCUGUUGACAUAGUUUCACAACAUAUUUCAAGUAAGCCAGCAUUCACUUCUCAAAAGUCUGAUAAAGAUUUCUCAGAAUCCGAGUCCAUAGCAUCCAAGUCAAGUAAUGAUCCAACAAACUUGUUAGCGAAAAACAGUGACGUGCGACCUGCUGAACCCAUUCAAGGUGUUACAGAUUCACAAACACAUGGUAGUGAAGAAAAGAAAAGUGAUUCUUUCACUGCUGAACUAUUGCAUAAAAUACCUUUGAAGGAGCCUAUUGAAAGAAAAUCGAGUGGUUCGGGAUCUGAAAAGAAAAGCAGAGGAUAUGGAAACAAUAGCGGUUAUGUGUAUAAUAGAGGUUGGGGACCAAGAGAAUCUCGUGGAAGACGUUCACAUCGAAACUCUCGUUCUAAAAAUAGAGCCAGUGAAUCUGAUGCAUCGACGGAUGGAGCUCCUAAUGUUGAUCGUAAAGAACGCCGUAGGGCUCCUCGCAGCCCCCGAGGUCCAAAGAAACCAGAAAGGUCGGAAGAUGUGAAUCAUUUAGCAGAUCCGGGCCAGCCAGUAAGUGACGGUAUAGACAUUAGGGAAAUACCAUUUGCUCCUCGAGGACAACCAUCUAGACGGGGACGAGGAGGUUUUCAAGGGACAACUCGACCCCCAGCCCCCGCAAAGCGAGUUACCGGUUACGGGCCGCCCAAUACUAAGAGUCCUUUCAGUCAGGCAAAUAGAGCGGUUAAAGAUACUGAGGAUGGAAAAGAUCCUAUGCAAGAUGACCGGAUGAAAACGAAUAAUAAGCCGAGAACUGGUUCAUCGACUGGUAGGGGUCGCGAUCGUCGUCCUAAAGGAGCUGGUCAACUGAGUGGUGAAGAUGAGAAUUGGGAAACAACAUCCGAACAUUCCGAGAGCGGCGGCGCUCGUCGCCGUUCUAUAGGCGGUAGACAAUCUGGUCAGUCUCAAAAAGGACCUGGUGGACGUAAUCAAAAUAAUCGACAAAAUACCGGUCGUAAUGGUCAAGGUAACAAGAAAGACAAUUUAGAUGUGAAAAAUACUGAUAUAACCGAUGCUAUAAGUCUUAAAAUAUCUACUAUAAAGAAAGACGAUGAAAUUGUUGAUGAUGGAUUCCAAGAAGUGAGAAAUAAGAAAAACUCUAAAGAUGCCAGAGGACCAAUAGCAAAAGACGAUAACCAGCAACUUUCUAAACAACCUAGAUCUCAUUCCAAUCAUGGAGGAGGUAGAAAUGGUUCAUCGUCAAGAAACUCUAACGACAAGGGAAAUGCUCGGGGACCAACACCAGUUUCUGGUAAACCCAAUGCGCAAUACGAAAGACCGCGACAAGCCAAUUUAGCACCCCGUUUUGUGAAACAGAGGCAAAAACAACAAAUGGGUAUGAUGUCCAGCUUCAGUCCAGAUACUGGAGCUGCGCCACCGCCGCCAUCGGUCAAUGCCUGGGACAAACCGAUUUCACAAACGCUGCGCGGUAAUAUUGACGAGCCGUUGGAGGUAAUUGACAACAAAUCGAGUCAAUCUAGCCAACGGAGUACACCAGGUGAUGCACCCGCUGAGACAAAGACAGCUUCAAGCCCAUGCACAAUCAUAGCCGAAAAAACUGGUGUCUUAGAUGGUACCACUCCUCCUGUGGAGACCAUUAUCUUUGAAAACACAAAUUAUAAGACAGUUCCUCCAGCUGAAGCUUUAAAACAAAAAUACCAACCGAGUGCACCUAACGUGAAAACGCAAAAUGAAGAUGUUCCCACGGAAAUUGACGCACGGACCAUUACUUUUAAUGGUGAUGUAAGACCACGGCCAAGGUCUAUUCAGGAAAUAAUGGCAGAGAACAGUAGGCCGGUACCGGAUCCUGAAGGAUCUUUAAGUCUUCCAAUGUCUUUUGACACAUCACAAAAGACUGAAGACUCUUCUGACAUGAAGCUUGAUUUUGCCUUUGACUCAGAUUUAGGUCAACUAACUGAAGAUAAAGCUGCUAAGUCACUUGGACUGCCUCGAAGUACGCACAUGAGCUCUUCCAAUACUAUUUCUCCUCUGGCAGCUGAUCUCAAUUUAAAAAUCGCUAGUGUUAAAAAAGUUUGGGAGAUGCCUGCUGUGGCGGAAGGUAGCGAGGAAUUGCAGUUUGCCGGAUUUGAAGAAAACAACACCGACACUGGUGCUCCUCCUAACGUAUGCAAAGUAAAGCCAACCCAGCAACUGCAAUCUCCACCUCCUCAGCAUUACAAUCACAUGGGAUACCAAGGUGGAUAUGGUGGUUUGUCAGUAUCUUCACCUCCUGCAGUUCUUUUUAAUUCAUCGCAACAACUGUUAGGCUCGUCACAACAGUUGCCACAACAGGGAGGGCUAUAUGGAGCAUUUUUGGAUCAAAGUCGUGGUCAGUUCGGAGGAUUCCCGGGGACACCGUAUGGUGCAGGUUCAGCCGCUCCCUACAAUUACCAGCCUCCUCCAGACAUGUUCCAAAGUCUUCCAAGUCAAUAUCGCAUGGCGGCUGCUGCCGGUGGUGGAGCCGCGUUUGGACAAUCAGGGCAGUUGGGCAAUAGCCCUAACACUGUCCUCAUUUCAAGCACAUCAAAUUCUUUGAUGUCUGCCACUGUUAAACCUUCUUCACAACAAAUAGGAGCUAUAGGCAGCAAAGGCGGCGGCGUCGGCGGCGUAGGAGGCGUGGGAGGCGUAAACACUUACCAGCAGCAGUUCCUCGGUUACUCGGGGCCGGUGGGCGAGGCGCCGUACUCGCUGCCGGGCCUGCUGCCGCGCCCCGCACCACCCGCCAGCUCCUACUAUUCGCCCUACCAGCCGCCGGCCGCGCCCGCACCCACCUACCCCCUGCAAUUCACGCAGCCUGCGCAGUCUGGCAACGCGUUUGGAUCCCAGUUCCUCACUUCGCAGCUACAAGUAGCAGCUGCCGUGCAGCAAAUGCAGCAACAGUACAGGGCACCGUUGCAGCAGCAGUAUGCGCCGCCGCAACCGCGCCCCCCGCCCCAGCCGCAGCUUAAGAGCCCGCUGCACGAGCACGCCAACGGCUUCGCGCCGCUAUGCGAGUCGGCCUCCCCCACGCCCAAGGGCGCGGCGAAGCCUCAGAAGCCGCCGCACUCGCCGCCCCAACACAAGUACCACGCGCCGCCACCCUCGCACACGCCGCACCAGCACCAUCAGCAGCAUCAGCAGCACCAACAACAUCAACAACACCAACAACACCAACAGCACCAACAACACCAACAACACCAACAACACCAGCAGCAUCAGCAGCACCAACAGCACCAGCAGCACCAGCACCAACAACAUCAGCAUCAGCAGGUGUGCUACUCUCAAAUGGUUGGCGGCAACAACGGUCGAGUGAGCGGAGGGCCAAUGUCGCGCGGUGGGCCCGCAGCGCCGCGCUACCCUGCGCCCAUACAGCGGCCACAUGCGCCCGUGCCGCCACAGUACCGCGCGCCGCCCGCGCCCUCGCCCGGGCGACAGCAUCAUGCACCGCAGCGCAACAACCUCUACUACCAGCAUCAGCAGCGCAACGGCGCUGGAGGCGGUGGCGGGGCUGGCGGCGGCGCCGAACGCGCGCCUGAGGCCGGCGAGGUGACGCCGGGCGCAGACGAGCAGGCGGAAGCGGGCCCGCCCGAGUGCCCGCCCGCCGCGGAUAUCAAGGCUGACUGAUACGCCGCGGCCCUGCACCUGCACAUCUACUGCCACCUCUCACAAUUUACUUUCUCGCUAUAUUUAAUUAAGUCGUAAAUUAUGAAGUGAUUUUAAUAAUAUUUAAGAAUCGUGCGGAUCGAAGCACUCGUUUCACAUCCGCGACGUCGACUCCGAGCGGCGACGGCGGCGGCGGCCCGGCGACUCGGCCUCUCGGCAUCGCCCCCGCGCCGUGCGAGAGAUGCUCCGUUUGUUUGUAUGUAAAUAUAUAGAUCGGACGGACAUCCGGCUGUCUAAUUGACUGUUAUAAUUUAAGGAUAUGUAUGUAUAAACGCGAACGGUCGACCGCGUCGCGGUGGGCCGGUAUCGCGAGGACUCUGCCUCCGACCGGCGUACUGACCGAUGCUGCCUCGAGACCUCUCAUUAGUGAAUAUGUAGCCGCGGUUUGCAUAACGACUCGUCGAUGCAAUACGAAUAAAUAAUAAAUGCAAGUUGGAGCGAGAUGGCCGCGCGGCGCCUUGCGGCGUCCCCUGACCGGUGCGCGCUUGCGCUCCAUGUAUCAUAAUCAAUUAUUAUAUGCGAAUAAAAUUAUAAUGACCCA